AUGGGAUGUACGGGUGUUGGCCAAGCACCAGAAAAAAAUCUCCACUCUUUUCUAACCGCCAUGGUUUUAGCUGAUCUUGGUUCGAGAUUGCGUAAUGCGCUUGGCUCCGUGGAGUCAGGCUCGGAAGAUGAGGUCCAGAACAUGAUCAAGAAUAUCUGUUCGGCUUUGCUCGAGUCCGAUGUCAAUGUUCGGCUCGUGGCUCGCUUGAGAGACAAUAUCCGCCAGAAAAUCGCCGUUGAAAUCAAAAGCGCCAACGAGUCGUCGGCCAACAAACGCAAAAAGCUACAGAAAAUAGUCUUUGACGAGUUAUGUGGGCUUGUGGACUCGCACGAAGAGCCUCCCAAACCGAAAAAGUUGAGCCAGACCAAGUCUGUCGCCAAGCACGGGAAGAAACCAAAGAAAAUCGCCGCCGAGUCCCAUGUGAUCAUGUUUGUUGGUUUGCAAGGUGCGGGAAAAACGACGUCGUGUACGAAGUUGGCAGUGUACUACAAGAAGAGAGGCUUCAAAGUGGGUUUGGUGUGUGCUGAUACUUUCAGAGCAGGUGCUUUUGACCAGUUGAAGCAAAACGCCAUCAAGUCCAACAUCCCGUUCUACGGUUCCUAUUUGGAAACAGACCCGGUCAAGGUGGCCUACGAAGGUGUCAAGAAGUUCAAAGAAGACAAGUUCGACAUCAUCAUUGUGGACACAUCUGGUCGCCACAAACAAGAACAGUCACUUUUCAAUGAAAUGGUACAAAUCAGUGAAGCUGUCCAGCCGACCCAGACCAUCAUGGUCAUGGACGCUUCUAUAGGUCAAGCUGCAGAGGGCCAGGCCAAAGCUUUCAAAGAAAGUUCCAAUUUCGGAUCGAUUAUUUUGACCAAAAUGGACGGCCACGCUAAAGGAGGUGGUGCCAUUUCUGCUGUGGCAGCGACAGAAACGCCAAUUGUGUUCAUCGGAACAGGAGAGCACGUGGGCGACUUUGAGGUGUUCAAGCCCUCGACAUUUAUUUCCAAGUUGUUGGGUAUUGGUGAUGUUCAAUCUUUGAUUGAGCACGUGCAACUGUUGAAUCUUCAAGACGAUGAGAAUCACAAGAAAACGCUCGAAAACUUCAAGGAGGGUAAAUUCACUUUGCGUGAUUUCCAGACACAGAUGAAUAAUUUCUUGAAAAUGGGACCGUUGACCAACAUUGCAUCGAUGAUUCCAGGAAUGUCGAACAUAAUGAACCAAGUGGGCGAGGAAGAGACAAGCAAAAAAAUCAAGAACAUGAUCUACAUCAUGGACUCUAUGACGGCCCAAGAGUUAGACUCUGACGGCCAACUUUUCACAAAAGAGCCCACGAGGAUUUUGCGAGUGGCCCGAGGCUCGGGCUGCUCAGCUGUGGAAGUGGAGAUGGUGUUGCAACAACAGCGCAUGAUGGCCACUAUGGCUGGAACUGCUAAAGCCAUGGGAGGCAACGGCGCUCCAGCUCCAGGAGGAAAUAUGCAGAGAAUGAUGCAACAAGCGCAGUCGAACCCUAAUUUCAUGCAACAGGCCAUGAGCAUGUUGGGUGGCGGUGGCGCUGGUGGAGGUAUGCCUGACAUGUCGUCCAUGAUGAACAACCCACAGAUGAUGCAGCAGGCACAGCAAAUGAUGGCGCAGAACCCGAACUUGAUGCAACAGGCACAGCAGAUGAUGCAGAAUCCAGGAAUGAUGCAGAAAAUGAUGCAGCAGUUUGGCAUGGGUGGAAUGUAA